AUGUCAUCAUCUACAAUAACAACAACAAAUAAUUCAAAUGAUGUUUCCCCACAACAAAUUGGUAAAGCAUUUGUUGUUCAAUAUUAUCGUCUUCUUCAUGAACAUCCAGAAUCUUUGCAUCGUUUCUAUUCAUCAUCAUCGACUUUUAUGCAUGAUGAUCCAAAUAAAACUGUAACUGAUAUAGAAAAUAUCGCUAAACGUAUUGAAGAAUUAUCAUUAAAACAACGUCAUGUUAAAAUUCGUCAAGUUGAUUGUCAUUCAACUGUUGGUUCAUCAGUUGUUGUACAAGUUUGUGGAGAAAUAUCAACAGCACCAGUCAUAGAUAAUCAAACACCGAUUAUGAAACGUUUUGUUCAAACAUUUGUUCUUGCACCAACAGCAAAUGCUAAACAAAAAUAUUAUGUACACAAUGAUAUUUUUAGAUAUCAAGAUAUAACAACACCAAUUUCAACAACAGAUAAUAAUAAUACAAAAAUAUCAUCAACAACAGAUACUCAUGAAGUAGCAUCAUUUGGAACUGUUCCAACAAAAACACCACCACCAACUUCAGCGGUACAAAUACCAUUAACUCCAUCAGCUAUAAUAAAGAUUGAUUUUUCGGAUAAUGGAAUAGAUAAAAAAGAAAACAAAUCUGCAAUAAAUAAAAGUCCAAAAGGUAAUUUUACACCACCAGUUACUCCUGUUGAUCAACAACAGAAAACACAAGAAAAAGAACAAUCAUCAAAACCUAAAUCUUAUCGAGAUGCUAUUGGAAAGAAAGAAAAAACAGCAUCAGCAACAACAACUACAAUCGAAAGUCAACCAACAACAGCAGUAGCAGUGGCAGCAGCACCAGCAGCAGGAACUGGAGCAAAAACAGCUAAAACUGGUAAACAAAAAGCAUCUAAAUCAGGUAAUCGUAGUGCACGAGCAACACGUGGUCAUCCACAAGAUGCGAAUGAUUAUUAUGAUGAGUCAUGGUAUUAUGGAACUGGUGAAGAAGGUUAUUUACAUACUGGUUAUACAGAUGAUCAAGAAAUAUUUAUUGGAAAUCUUUCUGCUCAAGUUACUGAACAAGAAAUUCAUGAAUUAUUUCGACCCUAUGGUCGUCUUCUACUUGUUCGUAUUGGUAAUACAGGAUCUCAAGUUGGUGCAGCAAAUUUUGCCUUUGUUGUUUGUCAAUCAAUUGAAAUGGCUAAAGCAAUCAUCGCUGAUCAUGAGAAUCUUCUAAAAAAUCAACAAGUGAAUGUUGAAGCAAAAAAACGUCGCCCAUUUCCUCAUACAUUUCGUCCUACAUAUCCAACAGCUGCUUCGCCAACAAAUUAUCAAUCAACUGGUUAUCCAGCAGCACCAAACUAUGAAAAUUCAACAACAACACCAUUUUAUGGUGGUGGUAUUCGUGGUCGAGGAGCACGACGAGGUGGAAGAGGUGUAACACAUUAA